AUGUAUGCGAGUUUCCAUCUAUAUCCCAAUAGUUUCUUUGAAAAUCUAAUCAAACAGUCUGAUUUUCAGGCUACUCUUGCUUCAUCAGAUGACAAGGGCAAAGACUUGGAUCAAGCGCAAUCUGGGAAACUGAAAACUGAGAAUCCUGUUGAUAUACAAAGAUUGGGAAAUGUGGAAACAGUAACUAACCAAAUAAGUAAUCUAUCUGUUUCUUCAGCAGCAGAAGUACCAAGCCCGUCAACUGAUCAAAUCGAGACAUCUAAAAAUGAGGAUGUUGGCCAAGAUAUUGAUAAGAGAAUUCGAGCGCUAAAAAAGAAGAUUCGACUUGCAGAGGCACAACUAAAAGGCGACCAACAAAACAUGAAGCCAGAACAAUUAGAGAAGCUGUCUAAAAUUGAAGGAUGGUGCAAGGAGCUUAAAGCUUUGGAAGAUAAAAAGGCGAAUAAGGUUUCCUGA